CCAUCAUAUCCAUGUACUGUGGAGGGUGCCACAUCUGCCAAACUCAAAAAAGUAUCAGAAGAUAAUAAAACCGUUUAUUUGUCUCCAAUUGUUUAAAGCUCUAGACUUUUGGAGACCACUGAACUGAGCACUUGAAUUCCAUUGCUAUGGAGGCUUGCUCCUUGCACUCACCAACUGUAACCACAAUACCCUCUUUAUCCCAAAGUGGGUUUACAGAAAAACCUCUUCUGCGCGGUCAGGUCCUCAAAUUUUCCAAUUCCAAGAGGUACCCACAUGCCAGGAAGCUUGGAUUUCUUCAUAUCAAAGCUCAAGCUUCAGGCACCGCAAAGUUCAGCUCAGAGAUAGUUGAGCCAACUUCAAAAGAAGUAGAUCUAAAGGAUGAGAAUCUUGCAUUUGUUGCUGGUGCUACUGGUAAAGUUGGCUCACGAACAGUAAGGGAGCUUUUGAAACUUGGGUUCCAGGUCAGAGCUGGUGUCAGAAGUGCUCAGAGAGCAGAAACUCUUGUGCAAAGUGUUAAACAAAUGAAGCUUGACGGUGAAGGAACUCAACCUGUAGAGAAGCUUAAAAUUGUGGAGUGUGACUUAGAGAAACCAGAUCAGAUUGGACCAGCAUUGGGCAAUGCAUCAGUUGUGUUGUGCUGCAUUGGUGCGAGCGAGAAGGAAGUUUUUGAUGUUACUGGACCAUAUCGAAUUGACUAUCUGGCUACCAAAAACCUUAUUGAGGCAGCAACGGUUGCAAAAGUUAACCACUUCAUAUUGCUUACCUCUCUGGGAACAAACAAGAUUGGAUUUCCUGCAGCUAUUCUAAAUUUAUUUUGGGGAGUCCUGAUUUGGAAAAGAAAGGCAGAAGAAGCAUUGAUAGCCAGUGGACUUCCCUACACUAUAGUGAGACCUGGUGGAAUGGAACGGCCCACUGACGCUUACAAGGAAACUCAUAAUACUACCCUCUCAAAGGAAGAUACUUUAUUUGGUGGUCAAGUUUCAAACCUCCAGGUGGCAGAGCUCCUGGCAUCCGCAGCCAAAAAUCGUGCUGUUUCUUACUUCAAAGUAGUGGAAGUAAUUGCAGAAACAACUGCUCCAUUGACUCCCUUGGAGGACCUUCUUGCAAAGAUACCAUCUCAACGUGCUGACACUUACCCACCAAAGGGAUUAGGUACUGCACCUGCUACUAGUCCAGAACCUUCUAGGAGUGCCAAACCACCAACAUCUCCUACUCUAUCCCCAAGCACUACUGAUAUUGCCACCAAAGCAAGUGAUGCAGAUGCUAGGCCUGCAGCACCCGCAGCCACCACUCUUCAAGAAGCUUCAGAAACCAUUGUAGAGAAAGAAGACAUUGAGACAAAAGCGAAAGAUACAAGGCCACUCUCGCCUUAUGCUUCAUAUGAAGAUUUUAAACCACCUUCAUCCCCUUCACCCAGUCCACCUAGUGUUCAAAAAGAUAAUGUUGUUGAUGCAGUGUCACUGACCAUUUCAGAUGCUCAAACCAGCACAGUGGAUACAACAACUGCCGUGGAUGAGAUAAAACCAACCUCACAAGAAGUGAUAAUAACAAGGCCUCUUUCGCCUUAUGUUGCUUAUGAGGAUUUGAAGCCACCGAGCUCUCCAAGCCCAAUACCAAGUGGUCCCAAGCAAACACCCUUGGAUGCCUCAACUCCGGUAGAAGCUGUCUCACAAUCAAGUGGAGGUAACAAUUCCACAGAGGCUGUGAUAAGCAGUGUUGCUGAAGAGGUUUCUCCACAAAAUUCAAUUCAUUAUCAUUCACCCUACUAUGUAUAUGACAACUUCAAGCCCCCUUCAUCACCAUCUCCUACUCCUCCAAUCCUAUCAUCUCCUACUCCUACUCCUACUCCUCCAAUCUUAUCAGUCCUCUCAGAACCUGUUGCAAAUAAUGGGUCUCCGAUUGAUACCUUGAACAGCACGGUGCAACCUCCAACAGAAGACGCACAAAGCAACAGCAAGCAACAUACCAAACCGAAGCCAAGACCACUAUCACCUUUUUUUAUGUAUGAGGAGUUGAAGCCUCCAGCAUCACCAAUACCAUCCCUAAAGAAAUCCUAGAAGUAUCGAUGCCCAUCAAUUUUUACAAGGAAAAACCAUAAGCUCUUCACUGCAGCAGAGCCGUUGGAGUACAUUUGGACUUUGCAUGCAAGGGUUGGCAAGUUUACAUAUUCAUGAAGAGGAAGCAACUGAAAUUGCGGGAGUAUUAUUCAUGGAUGUUCUAAUAUAAUACCAGCGUUGUAUAUGUUACAGUUUUUAUCUUUCAAAUUUUUCUUCUUCUUUCAUAGUAUGUACUCGAUAUGCGAACCCUCCAGCAACAUAAUUUGGCUCUAAAAAAUGAGUCCUAUGUUAAGUUUAAAAGAACUUGAAACACAGCACAACAUUUGCGAUUUGGCUUAAA